AUGGGCUUUGUUCGGCUUCAGGCUGUGGAAUCGGUGCAACCUAUGUGCUAUGCCACAUCCACAUCCACAAAUACACUCAAACGCAUUCUCGCUCCUGCAUGGAACAAUAUGCAACCUGCAGCUUUGCCAUCUGGCAUAUGCCAGGCUGGUGGUCGAGCCAAACUGUCGGGACUUGCGGUCAGCUAUGACGUCUAUCCUGGUGUAGACCUGAGGGAGGAUGGGACCGCCCCAUCGAGUGGCCCAAUCUGGCCAAUGAAUGUGAGGUAUCGCGCUCUGCACAUGGAUCGGAGAUCCCCCGAGCAAUGCAGAAAAAUUACGGAAGAAAAGGGGAAAGCAGAGCAGAAACAAAGGACCUGUCUCCCCUCCCGCUUCCCCGGACAAAUGAAGUUAUCCACAUCCCCAAGCUGA